CGCUUAAAUAUAGAGAAAAUGAGUAUUAUUAACUAGCCCUAAAAAUAAAUAAAUGAAAUAAGAUAUCAACUCAACUAUAUAUCAUGGGAAAUCCAUCAAUAUAUAAGAAGCUCCACCACUUCCUUGCAAUCCUCCCACACUCUCUAUUUCUUUUUCUUCAUAAAAAUUAAAGAAUGAAGUCAGGUGCAGCAUAUUACAGUGGAUGUGAAGAACAGUAUCAACCCCAUUUUCUUGAUGCUUGUUUUCUUUGCCAAAGACCCUUGGCUCACAACACUGACAUCUUUAUGUACAGAGGGAACACUCCAUUCUGUAGCCAAGAAUGCAGGGAUGAGCAAAUAGAGAUGGAUGAAGCUAAUGAGAGAAAAUGGAAAAAGCUUUCUUCUUCUAAGACAAAAACAGAAACUGACACAAACAAAGCUGUACGGACAGGCACAGUUGCUGUUUCUUGAAAUUAUCACCAAUCAAACAUAAGUUGUUACUACAUUAUGUAUCACGAGGUAGUAAAGGUCUGUAUGUACCCGAUCCUUUUCCGACCUUACCAUCGCGUGGAAUUAUAAGAAAAACUUUCUACCAAAAGAAAACAACUAAGCAACUCCUGCAAGUCAUUUGAAAAAUAAUUUUGACUACAAACAAUUUUGAUGGUGGAAUCAAGAAGAGAAGUGAAAACCCCAUCAAACAAUUUUGAAUUAUAUUUCUUUAAAUUAAAUCUUGUGGAAUGUCUGUAAAAAGGGACAUCCAUAUUUGGGAGGGUUUAAAAUCUCUAAUCUCCUAUCUGAACUAUCUUUGCUUUCGAUCAGCUUAUGAAGCGGUUUCUGUUUUGUGUAAAGAAAACAAAACACAGUUUAUAUAUAUAAGGCAUAAUAAAAAGUAGUUGGAGUAUAGUGUAUGUCCAUGUCCCUGUCCACAAUUGUUGCAUCUUCAUCUCUACCACCCACUAAUAGUUCAGAUAUUUAAACGUAAAACGGAAUAAUUUACGUGUGUUUUUAAUAUUCACUCUUUCCGAAGCUACUAAUUCCUAUGAGAGGAUUCAACCAGGAUACAAACUUGAUUCUUGAUGAAUCUCAUGAAAGAGUACAUUCAACAAAGGUCCGUCUAAGCCCAUCUAAGAAUGCAUCAAUCACGUACGUCUAGACAUUUCAUUGUAAUAGUUGUGCUCAGUUAUUCGUAAAAAUUUCUUUUGAACAAUGUUCUAUAUAUAUAUAGGUCACAAGUUUGAGUUGUGAAAAUAAUCACAUAGACUUUCUAUAUCGCACUUCUUAGAGUACGGACUUUCCCCGGAUCCUGCUAAUGCGGGAUGUAUUGUACACUCAACUGCCCUUUAAUGUUCUCAAUAUAUGUGGAUGUUUCUAUUUGUACCUUUCCAA